AAAAUCAAAUACUUACCAUAUUAUAUGUUUUUACCUAUCGCGUAUUACUAUCAUAAGUCUAAAUUGUACAGUGGAAUUAGGGUUUCAUUUGCAGAACAGAAACAUUCAGUUGCACAUAUGAGUUUAUCAUCAAACCAACCGAUUUUAAACAGGCCUAUGAAACUGUAGGAUGUUUUUUUUUUUUUUUUUUAGGUGUUGAUGUAUUAACCGGGAAAAAAUGUAUCAACUCCAACUCAUUAAUAUAGGCCGAAUGGUUAUUUUAGAAAUCACAAAUGUAGCAAUGAAAAACAAUUUCGAAAGCCAAUUAAAUAAUUUUUUGACCCCUACUGUAUCACGGCAUAUCAGGUGCAAAUCACACACAGAAUACACAUCCAAUUUCCCCCAACCCUCCCUACCCUUCACAUCCCAAUACAGCGCCCUCUAUGGCACCCCAUUAUAAUAUAACUUAUUAUUACAGAGCCAAAACACCCACAUUCUCCCCUCAGAGUUGUAUUUUUAAAAAUUACUACCUAUAAUGUUUCAGAAAAGUAAGUGGAUUCUCAACAUUCUUUCCUUUUUUAAAGCUUCUCUUAAAUACUAUCACACACAAACGUAUCUAGAUCUAGUUUGUAAAUUGAAAGAGAUAAAUUAUUGCUAUGUUUUGCCAGAUAGCAUUUUUAGUACUGCGGUACGGUGCCCGUGGUCCUGUUUUAUGGGCCCUUUUAGAGCCACACUCCAUUUUAUUGCUGAAUCGAUUGGUUGUUUGGUAAACUGUUGCUCAUGGGACUCAAGUUCGUUAACAGCGUUGCUUGAACUUUCGCCAGGAUUGGCACGAGUGUUCCUUGACCGGUUAUUACAUUCAUGAGUGAAAAUAUAUAACGCGGCUGUUGGUUGAAAACCAAUCUAUUUGAGAUAUUAUAUUUAAGAUUUAACUAUUAUUUGGACACCUUUAUUGUCGGUCUGUUGCAAUCAUAGACAGAUUUGACAUCAUUUAUGGAAAUGGGUAGUGAGACGCAAUGGGUGAACAAAUCUGUGCUAUUGUGCUUUUCGGUUUUUAAAGGAAUUUACAAAUGUGUAGAAACUAAAGUAAAGUGAUUUUAAAAUGUGUAAAUUAUGGACAACACUAAAGUUGAAUCAUUUACAAAUGUGUGGAAAUUAAAGUAAAGUGAUUUUAAAAUGUUUAAAUUAUGGACAACACUAAAGUUAAAUGAUUUACAAAUGUGUGGACAUUGUGAAAAAAAAGUGAGUUACAAAUGUUUGAACACUAAUGUCAAAUGAGAAUCAACAAAAAAAAAAACCUCUGUUUUAACACCGUAGCUUCACUCGUUUCAACUGCUUACCCAUUCAUUAAGUAGCUACAAAAAUAAGCCUGUAAAGUUGAUGUGCUACCGAAAACAAACGGAAUUAAAUGAGCUAACUGGGCUAACUCUAACAAUGAAAACCAAUCAGUUAAACCAGAUGUGCGAGCGACGUCUGCUACAGCAUAUUACAAAGCUGGAUAAACGUCGUGAGAAAGUUGUGGCGCGUGUAACAUUUGACAUGGAACAGUUGAAGAAAUCGCUGGAAAAUGUAUCUAUCAAAAGCGAAAAUCUUUCAAAUGAAAUUUCUGCUGAACGUCAUCCAAAGGCCCGUAACUCUGUGGGAUUUUACCCAAGAUCAGAGUACUGUUCAGCAGGAAGGAAAUCGUUCUCCGCUUAUGAAAGCGGCACAUCGGAUUCUUGCCUAGAUCUUUCCCAGCCCCAGCGUGGUCCAAAUAAAAGAAGAGAAAUUGUUAGGCGAGAACUUGCCUCUCGACGAUGUGAUCAUGGGCUGUACGGGCGCUGUCCCCACUUUCCGUGCCGUCUGCCACAGACUUACCACAGUCUGGGGUUUCGUCCUGACAACUGUUCGACCAACCGAUGGAUUCCCUGGUCAGAGCUCCAAAAAGAGACGUCGGAAAAUGUGUUGCUUGGCCUCAAAAGUCGGAUCAGGCACGUCGGUCAUAAAUUUCGGGCUCUGGUCCGGAACAAAAUAACGAAACAAACCGAGAUGAAGCAACAGGAGAGGAAAACCAGCAGGCUUCAUUGGGAGAUUAAUUACGGGAAACAAAGAGCAUACAAAAAUGGGUGA